CACCCUCCUCUCAACCAACGGAAUUACUGGUAGCCACCCCGCCCCCGGCCGGCGCUGCUCUCUCACCUCCGGGCCUCUCAGCUGGACCCCUCCCUUCCUCCCGGACUCCCAUCCCCUUCACUGGCCACUACACGUGUCAUUUUCUCUGGAAACUGUUUCUGAAGCCUAAGACUGAGUUGCGUGGCCAUCCACACGCUCCCGCUGCACAAAGCCUUGGUGUCCUCCCGGGCCUUCUGUAAGGCCAGGCUUCUGCAGUGGUCCUCUCCUCAGGUUCUUGGCCUGUUGGCUUCUCUCUUAGCACGUGCUACGUUGUUCAUCAGUUGACGGAUUUGUGGACUGUCUCCUUCACCCGAUGUCAUCCCCAUUAGGCCAGGGACAACGUCUUGUACACUGUGUCUGGGCGGCACCAGGCUUGGGCCAGAAGCAGUGAAUUGUGGCCUGUGGGAGCCUGGGGAGGACACAUAACUCCGGGGUUAGGUCGGUCAGAAAUGGCUAUGGAGAGAUGAAAGGAGGCCUGCGCUGAGCCUUGAAGGGUUCAGAGCGGGAGCAUGGCAGUGCCUCUGCCAGGCGACAAGACUGUAGUAGCUCAGGUAUUGGGAACCAGCCAGUAUUUCGGGGCGGGAGGAGAGCACGUGCUAGGAGUCGGCCCCCCUGCUGUGGAAGGUGAGUGACCCGACAGGGCUGGUGGUCAGGCUGCACUCAGACCCGCUUUUCAGAGCUAUCCUCUUCCUGGCCACCCCAGUGAUGCUCCUGUGCAGAUGGGGCGAGAACCUCCUCAGACUAGAUCAGGUUCUCUGAAGACAGAUUGUAGCAUUGAGCAGGUGGUUUUAGGCAGUGAGAGCGUGUGGGUGCUCGGCCAGUCCUCCCUCCUGAGGGUCCUGUGUCAGUGCACAUGGGGUGGACUCCCGUCACUUCAGCCAAGUCACCCUUUCUUGCAGAAUUACCCCCUUUACAUCCGCAGCGUCCCCACAGAGAGUGAGCUCAAGUUCCACUACAUGGUGCACACGUCCCUGGACGUGGUGGAUGAGAAGAUCUCUGCGAUGGGGAAGGCCCUGGUGGAUCAGAGGGAGCUCUACCUGGGCCUGCUCUACCCCACGGAGGACUACAAGGUAUACGGCUACGUGACCAAUUCCAAGGUCAAGUUUGUCAUGGUGGUGGACUCCUCCAACACGGCGCUGAGAGACAACGAGAUCCGCAGCAUGUUCCGGAAGCUGCACAACUCCUACACAGAUGUCAUGUGCAACCCCUUCUACAACCCGGGGGACCGCAUUCAGUCCAGAACCCUGGUGUGUUGGGGACAAUGACCAGACAAAAGACACUUCCUCCCUCCCAAGGGCAGGCAGUUACGGCAUGUAAAUGGGCGGUGUUGGGAGGCACUGGAGAGAGAUUUAAAAAGGGGAUUCAGCUGGCAGUUCCUUCAUCUUUUCCCUGCUACAAGGGCCAACGCGGACCCCAGAUCACAAGGGGAGUGUAAGCCUGGCCUGAGUGAGGAAGUCGAAGACUGGAUGGAGAGCCAAGAGGCCCGUCCUCUCAUCCUCCCCAGAGAACACUGUCUUCGCGGGUGCUGGAGAGGGGACGCUGGGACUGGGGACCAUCCACCUGUGGCUUGGAGCCCAGAGCAGCUGUGUUCGUGGCUUAAAAAACUGAUAAUCAAAAAAUUACAAGGCGAAGAGAGUUGCUUCAGAAAAGGCCAGGGAGGGACUCGCUAGCUAGUAGUCAUUUAAGGCCAGAACCUGGUGGCCUGCAGUCCUCACCCCACGUCUUUCCCAGCCCUGAAUGCAGUUAGAGGACAGAGCGCAACAUUGUACCUUCAGGGAGGAAGCUGACGUGUCUGUGUCAGAGGGGACGACAGUCACGGUGCCAGCAUGGAGAACGCCUCUGCUUCCCAGUCUGAGGAGGGCCAGGCCUGUGCCAGGUGCCCGGGGACACACGGAGCAGGCAGGGUCUGUGUCACUCGCAAGGGAGGAGCAUGUGCCAGCAGACCUGGGGUGAAGACCCAGUGAAGCUUGCCCCUGCAGCACGGGUCUGGCGGGGCUGCCGCAGGCCCCGCGCUGUCGGCUGGCUGUGAGUGGGCCGUGCUUGGAGCUGGGGCUCAGGCCCUUGCCACACCCCAUCACCUGCCUUCUUUGCAGAGUCUGCCCCUGGGGAAACCGCGUGCCAGCGAGGGGAAGUAAGGAGGCUCUGUUGCCAUAUGCUUUUAAAAAAUAUUCAAGUUUAAUAAUUUAUGCUUUACCACUAA